AUGGUUCCGAAUCAGGGUCUAGUAACGACAGAACUGAACGAACACCGAGUCUUCAAGCCAUUGCCCAGCGUAGGGGUGAAUACCUGUUAUCGGAACGCUGCUUUGGCCGCUCUUUUCAAUCUGCCCCCGUUCGUUCACUUCUUAAGGCAAUUCGAAGCCAAAUCUCCGGAAGUCGCAGGACCAAAUCAGAAGUUUGUGCUUCUAAACACACUUUGCAAUACCUUUUGGAGUAGCGCCAACGACGAAGCCCGGAAGCCAGCCGUGCAAGGCCUCUGGGACCACCUUUGUAAUACGGACGACCUCGGCGAUGACGAUGGCCUCGCCCACUCGAUAUGUGGCAAUUCGCCACGGUGGGUGCACCAAGUAGCCGGCGAAGAUAUUAUCCACCAAGACCCUACGCAAUUUGUGGCUUACCUGCUAGGCAGGCUGUGUGGCAGCGGCUUUGACAGAAACCAGGUCGACGAUCAAGGAAAUCAAAUGGAGGUCAUGUUCAGGCGCUUGUUCCGCUUCCACUUAGCACCUAGGAGGGCUAUGAUGUGUGAAUGCAGAAGGAAGAGGCGUCGAAUGGCUGGCCAAGAAUCCGUCCAAGGCUUUGUCUUAGAGCUUCAUGUGUCAAGAGCAAAGGGUGACCCAAAGACUGUGCCACUGAAGGACGCAUUCAACCUCCGCCUCCUUAAUGGGAUCGCCACCGACGACUGUGAAGAUUGCGGAAGAAAAAGUUUACCGGCGCCGACGUUCCACAAACUGCUUUACCUCCCCGAGGUUCUCUGUAUCGCGCCCUCGAUCGGCCGCUCAUCGGACGCAAUUCCGGUAAUGGAUCCCGACCCAGACGUGCACUUCGUCAUACCUCAGUUCCUAGAUCUCUCUGAGGUUCGCGAUGUGAACCCGGGGAGUCAACCACCCAUAGCCGACUUGCCUGUACCGCCAACUCCAGCACCUAGCGUCGGAAACACUGAUACUAUAUACAGUCUCGAAUCUAUAAUUACCCUCAGCUCCGGAGACCCAGACAACAAAAUCGCUGGGCACCUGGUUGCGUACUUACGCCACCGAGAAGACCAGUGGGUUAGAUUGGAUGAUAUGAUGCCUAAUAGAAUCGUCACCCUUAGCCUUGCAGACAUUGAAGGCAGCCUCAGCGAGAAGACUCGGAUGCUCCUCUACCGACGAACCCGCAAUGUGCCGGCGAAUGAACUGCAAGCUGCGCGCAGUGCUAUCUGGCAAGAGCGCAUCAAUAGUGGCCGCCUAGAUAAAGUAAAAAUUCCCGAAAGUAGCCCAGACAUGGAGCCCUUACUGGGCCUACCAUACGACGUAAGGUCUAGUAUCUACGGACACCUCAAUACACAAGAUAUAAUAAGCCUUUGGAGGCGGUCCCCAUUGACCGCCGCCGACGCACUAGAGGUUGAGGCCCGGCGAUGGGUUGGCCCAGCUAUUAAUCAGUUACAAGCGGCACCGUCGACAGCGUUCCGUUCAUUCAUCGAUUCACAGCGCCAGUAUCCGUGGUUGUAUGAUGCGAUCAGAACGGGAUUGGACGCGACAGCAUUUGACUUCAGCGAAGGGAUAUCUAUAACCAUUCCAACGAUGUUGCGAGCCUACCUGCUACAGUAUCGGAAUGUUGCACAGGGAACCCCUGUUCCACUUACAAAUCUGUUAGACCUGUCAUGGGGGACGCAGCUCCCGCCGCCGCUCCUAUACGCGCUUCGAAGACAAAGAAGUUCGUCGAUACAGUGGCUCUUACUGAUGGGGGCGAACCCGCAUAUUAGAUUCACUGAAUUUAUGAUGCAGGGCUUUCUGGGUGGUGCCAUUGGAGCCGGCCGAACAUUUAACGGGACUAUAACUAGGACAGCAUUUCAGCCACGAGUAUGUCUCAACAGAGGCGUGGCACACACCAGUUGCCGUGUCGAAAAUAUUCAUGUCGACCCAAUAGGGGCGGCCCUCGAGAUUGACGUAUCCGAGUGCGAUAUGCGGGUUGCCCAGGACUUAGCUGCCGUGUGUCUGCCGCUACUCGUACCUAGGUUCUUCUCGCCUACCUCACCAGGGUUCUGGCUCUGUUUAGACAUGAUGACAAGUGCUCCCAUAAACCCGGGCGGGCAUCUUGGUGGAAGAGAUAUCGUUCGACGCUUCCAGCCGGAAUUGCGUAGACUCCUCCGCCGCGGCGAGCUCACUACAGACGUGAAUCACAACCUGUUCACACCUCAGCUUCGGCUACUUGCAUUCACUGGCAUGCACCCGUUGGUAAUGGAAAUACUCCAACGGGCGGCACCGGGUAUAGAACGUCUCGACCAGCCCCGCCAAGCGCAGUUGAUCCAGUCUCUAUAUAACACAAUAUCUAUGUCCAGAGAUCUGCCAGUACAGCCUGCGGAUAGCUCAAAUCUAGUUCGUUGGCUGGGCGAUGCUGGUUACCCACCUCCUAAGUUCAUCAGGCGUCCCAUACGGCUUCUAAACGUUGACCUCGACCACCUCAUACCCGCACCUGGCGGACAGUUUGGUGGUGUGGAUUCUUUGGAAAUAUACGACCUUUUAAUACAAGCUUUGUUCGAGGCUGAGAGCAUAGAGCAAGCUGCUGGCCGGCAAGCACAAUUUGGUAGACCUCCAGAUGCUGAGGACGUCGGAGAAGUACAUCGAGACGCAGGGAGCAUCAUCCGGUAUAUGGUGAGAUACGCCUUGCGAUCGAAUCUAGCACAAGUCCAUCAGCACCUCAUGGCGCAUCAUACUGCCCAUAUAACCGGCCCAGGUCACAUUGACCUCCUGCGCCUUAUCAUCGUCGAACAACUACCCCGUGGAGUUGAGGAUCAAAUACCCCUUUACAGAACUGUCAGCGAACACUUCCCUCUUGGCAGGCCCGUAACGGAACCUAACGGGACAACUUGGAAUAACCCGCUAUCUUUCGCCGCGUCUAUUCUAGCAUCCACAACGACAGUGCAAGAGUCCAUCGAUGCGGCACGGCCGGUAGCCUCAUUGAUAUAUCUCGACAAUAUGAUUUCACCCAUUCCAGACCCGGUGCAUGCGGCGUUACUGAACCGGCUCGCUGCCAUCGACGCCGGGCGGAACCUCGCGCACCAAGUCCAGUUUCACGAUGCGGAUGAUGGCCUUCGUCCCAUGCGGCCGCCACAAGGUCUAUUGAGGUUCGGGCGGAACUCUGGCUCCUCUCGCGUUUUUGAUGACCAUUGGCUUAUUGUUGUCCUUGCCUUGUUGACAAGGCGGCAAGGUCUUUUGCCUGCAUAUAUAAGCCGUCCUUAG